AUGGCGAAACUCACACUUUUCAUCUUCAUCUUCUUUUCCACUCUAAUCUUCUCAUCGUCUUUUGGUUUCCAAUCAGACGAGCUCCUCGUUGACGACGAUGAGUUUGGUCUCGAAGGAGCAAAACCCCAAUCAACCGAAUUUCACACCUCUUCCCCAGCUUCUCCUCCGCAACAGCAACAGACUCCAACUAUCCGUAAAAGAUACUCAGAUCCCGAUUUGGAUUCCAAAGUCCAAUUCACUCUCGAACAUGCCUUCGGAGACUCUGAUUUCUCUCCUGCCGGUACUUUCUCAGCUCGUCUCAAAACCUGGAGCCAUGGCGGAAAGACAUUAACAAAGUUGAGGUUUUCAAGGAAUGAUUUUUCUGAUGAAGAGAAAGAUGCAUUCAAAAAUCUGCUCAAAGGAGAUGACUUUUAUAGGAUUAGAGUACCAUCUAAUGUGAUCAGUCCACAAGGGAAAGAGUUUGUGGUUGCAUCAGUGAGAGCUAGAUGUCUACCACGGGAUGGCUUGGAUGAACAUUUCGUUAUACACAUGGAAGGUGCAAACAUUUUGGCAGUUAGUUAUGGCUCUCUUGGGGCGUGUCAAUAUCCUCGACAGCUGAAACUUCCAGCAAAAUGGUCUUUCAACUCUCACACAAUUCUGAAGAGCAGUGAGCAGGCACCAAGAACUCCAAUAUUCGCUGAGGAGAUUCUUGGUGGUGAGAAUGUAGAGGGCGAAGUUGAACCACCACCAGAGAGAUCAUUCUGGGCGAAAUAUUGGAUGUAUUUGAUACCUCUGGGACUCGUGGUGAUGAACGCCGUGACACAAGCAACAAACAUGGCUGAAGAACAACCAGGUGGUCAAGCAGGAGGCUCACAAGUGCAACAAGCCAGAAGAAGAUGA